UUGCACCAAUCCAGGACGGCCAAUGGCUCCGUCAGGAGACUUGAGUUUUGUUGAUGCAGCGGUGUUUGAUGGUGUAUUUGGUGGUGUAGAGCCGCUGGGCUUCAGAUGACCUGCUGUAGUGUUGGUGUGGUUAAAGGUGGUGGAUGUAAACUAGAUGUAAACUAGAGAUCUGAGAUGAACGGAUAGAUGCAGGUUAAUGAUGAACUCGGUUUGGGAUCUUGCUCUCGGAUCCAAUCCUGUCAGUAAUCCUGCAGCUGCAGCUUCCAGAUGUGUGCGUGUCGAACUCACGUCUCAGCAGAGGCGUUUGCGGCACCUCAGGAGCAUCGCGGCGAGGAACAUUGUGAACAGAAACCACUCUCCGCUGCUGGACACAUAUUUCACACUGCACCUGUGUUCAGACAGUCACAUCUCUAGAGAUUUUUACAAGAGCGAGGUGAUACAAGACUCUCUGAACCCAACAUGGCGCAGUUUGGACUUUGCUAUGCUGCCGGACAUGUUGGACACGUCUGUGUCGUGUUUUGUAGUCCGGAUUUGGGGUGGACGAGAAGAGCAGUACCAACUGCUGAUCGAAUGGAAAGUGAACUUGGAUGGUCUGAGAUACACCGGACCACAGAUCCGCUCUCGGUGUCCUAAUGAGAUCAUCUUUGGUCUGAAUGAUGGUUACUAUGCAGCAGAUUUGGAUCAGAAGGAGAACUCUGAGAGGAAGAAGAACUUGUUAUUGCAGGUGGACCAGAGCUCUGUGAGAAAUUCAUAUAGUGUCUUCUCCCUGCUCAGACUUCACACGGCUCAGAAGGCCAUAAAGCAGACGCAGGUCACAGUCCAGAAAAUCGGGAAAGAGAUCGAGGAGAAGCUCAGAACCACAGCAGCCUGUACAGAACGGAAGAAGGAGCGUGAGUGUAUGCAGUUGCGUAUCGGUGUGUUACGGAGUGAGGUGGAGAGACAGAGGAAAGCUCUGCUGAGAGAGAGGGAGACACUGCAGAAAGAGAGAGCACUACUUCAAAAGAAAGAGGAGGCAUACAGCUGUAAACGGCAGACUCUGGACUUGGAGCGAGACUCUCUCACUGAUCUACAAAAGGAAAGCACUGCUAAAAGAGAGCUGUUCCUGAAGUCCAGUGCUCAGCUCACAUUCCGUUGUCGUCAGCUCCUCUCGGAACUUUCCUACAUCUAUCCCAUUGAUACGAACAGUCAGUCAGACUUCAUGAUCUGUGGUGUGAAACUUCCAAACUCUGAAGACUUUCAAGCAAAGGAUGAUGGGAGUGUGGCAGUUGCCCUUGGCUACACGGCGCACCUGGUGCUGAUGAUUUCCUGCUUCUUGCAGAUUCCGCUCAGGUAUCCCAUCAUGCACCGGGGCUCUCGCUCGUCCGUUCGAGACACCAUUACCGACAAGCUCAGCGAGAAGGAGAGAGAGUUCCCUCUUUAUCCACGAGGAGAGAGAUUCCACUUCGAGUACGGUGUUUAUCUGCUAAACAAGAACAUUGCUCAGUUGCGGUACCAGCACGGCCUCUCCACGCCGGAUCUGCGUCAGACUUUACCCAACCUCAAGAACUUCCUGGAACACGGGCUGCUGGUCAGAUGUGAUCGUCAUCAGGUGUCCAGCUCAAUCCCAGUCCCUGUUAGAUCCCAUCUGAGCGUCACACAGGUCGCUUCUCCCGUCUCUCCGGAAGCGGACAAAAAGAAGCGCAAGUCAUAUAAACUCUACGACCAGGUCGUGACCCCUCUUCCUGAAGCCACAGCGAACCAGGAAGCUUCACCUUACUGUCUGGAUGUCAGCAUGGAGUUGGAGAAGACGCUCAGCGAGGCGGACGGCCAGGCCGAAGCUGCAGGAACAUCGACACCGGAGCCGAAACCACAACAACACGAUCCGGAUGCAGAGAAGAUUCCGGAGAGAGAUCUGGAACAGUUUGGGGUCCCGAGAGAUUCGGAAUGUGUGGAGGAAAAUCUGCAGCACCAGGGAGCCAUGAACGGCUCUGCGGGCGUCCCGGCCGGGGCGGAGCUGUGCUGCUCCGUGGAACAGGCGGAGGAGAUCAUGGGCACGGAGGCGACGGGGUUGGGGUUAGGAUCACGACUGGAGGAUUUCCCCUGUAUCCCUGUGGAACACGCCGUGGCCGUAGAGAGUGACGAUCAGGUUCUCGGAGAACUGGAGAACUUUGAGGAGUUCUCAAAACGCAUCUGUGCUCUAAACGAGAAACCGUCCUGCUUCAGACGGCCACGCAAAAACUCUGAUAAAUAACCAGAGGUCAAGGGUCACCAGGUAGGCCUUGACCUUCACACCUGACUGCAUUGAACAGACAUUACACACAGAGGUAUAUUAUUAUUAUUAUUAUUAUUAUUAUUAGGAAAUAUCUGGAAUAUUUGCACUCUAACCCUUUCAAAUAAAAAUAAAGAGAAUGUG